GACGAGGAGGAGGAGGAGGACGAGGACGAGGAGGAGGAGGAAGAGGAGGAGGAAGAGGAAGCGGAAGAUGGGGGUGAAAAAGAUAAAGAGGAGGAGAAAGAUGAGUCAGCCGAUCAGAAGCAACACAGACCAGCCUGGGCUCCGUGCUUCUACUACAGAGCCGAUAAGGAGGUGCACUAUUACGUCGGGCAGGAGAUUGUCAUCGGAGGGGCUCUUGACUCCUAUGCAGGCACGGUAUGGCCGGCGGCUCUGGCUCUCUGUCACUACCUGGACACUCAACGUGAACAGCUGAGUCUUGUGGACAAGACGGUCCUGGAGAUCGGAGCAGGAACUGGCCUCAUGUCUGUUGUAGCAGCGCUCCUCGGAGCCUCAGUCACAGCUACAGACCUACCUGAGGUGUUGGGCAACCUCCGGGCCAAUGUGAUGAGGAACACCAGGGAGCGCUGCAGAUGCACUCCCCAGGUGGCAGCUCUGUCCUGGGGCCAUGACCUGGAGAGCACCUUCCCUGCAUCCGUCUCCCGGUACGACUACGUGCUGGCAGCUGACGUGGUCUACCAUCACUACUUCCUGGACGAGCUCCUGGUCACCAUGAAGCAUUUCUGCAAACCAGGAACCACUUUGAUCUGGGCCAACAAGGUGAGGUUUGAGACAGAUCUGACUUUCACUGAGAGCUUUAAGAAGGCUUUUCACACAAGUCUGCUGGCCGAAGACGGGGAGAUGAAGAUCUUCAUGGCAACGUGCAGAGAGUGAGAGACAGAAAAAUAUGGAUGGAUAACUCAACAACCCUUACAGGCCCAGUCCGAUUAGAGCCUUUGUUUCGAGUCUUAUGAACAUUGCGCUUUGGAAAGUCAAAGGCGAGGAUAUAAAUUAUAAUGAUCUCCACUAGGAGGGUCAUGCGAUCGGUCGCGUGUGUGCCUGUGUGUAGUUUUGUGAGUGGUAGGGGGCGCUAGUGGUGACACAGCUAAGUGAAUAUCUGACCCUCAUUUUGUUUUUGGAUGAAAUGUGUCUUAUGUGACUUAUUGUUUUUGAGUUUGAAUGAAUGUGUUGUACACGUCGCCUUACAGCCCUCUGGUGUCUAGACAGGGAGUUAGACAAUGGUGGGUUGUAAUAGUUCAAUCUCACAAUGCAGCAAUGGUCAUUGCAGACACACCUGGCUGAGCUCUUCCCUCUACUGAAAGCGCCUCUCCAGGUAGUAAUGUUAUUUAAAUUAGUUUAACACUACACUAGUUCAGCUUUAAGAACAUUCAACCUGCAUUACAGGUUUCCUUUUUGGGGGGGGGGGGUUCCCAGAAUGUUUUAUAUUAAUUUUAAUUUAGUAAAAUAUCAAAUUAUUAUUUUUCUAGACACUUAUUACUGUGUCGUCGAGGUCUAAGACCAUAUUUACUACACAUGAAGCACCAUAUUUAGCCAGAAAAGAUCAAAUGUGUUCCAUAAGGUUCAUUAGAAUCAAAUCAAUUAUGACUCAUUGUGGAGGUGAAACAAAUUGUAAAUUGAUUGACGAGACAUCUUUUCAGUCAUUUUCAAGAACGAAUGCCAAACGUUUAAUAGCUUCUCAAAAGUACAGAUUUAAUGCUUUUCUAAGAGAAAACAAUUAAUCAGCUUAAUAGAUACAAUAAUCAUAUAUCUUUCUCUGCUUCAACAGUUACUGAAAUGUCCUGUUUUUGUUGGCAUGUGAAUUGUAUUUUCUUUAACAUUUAUAUUGUUUAAUACAGUAAAAAGAAAAUGUUUGUUUAACUUCUUUUACUUCAUUUAUGGACACACUCUUGCCCAGCUAUUACAAAUGCAGAGUAAAAUAAAGAGUAUUGAAGCAAUGAAAAGACCAG